UUAUUAUUUGUUUUGAUUCGAGUGGUGGGUGAAUUGCCGGGAAAACAGAGCUCUCCUCUCCCAUUCUUGUUUGUGCUGAGAUUCUGAAGCGAUACUACCCCGGUCGUACAGUGCAAUAUUGCUAGUUACUUUUGUGUUGGUCAUCCAUCAUGGUAGUGUUAAAGUGUUGUGUUGGUGGUUGCGAUUCCAAAAGUACCACUCACAGACUCUUUUGCUUCCCCGAGAACGAUAAGUUAAGGAGCUUGUGGUUGAAAGUCCUAAUUCCUAAAAAUCCUGCUUUAGAAGGACUCGCUAAAACCCAGUUAAAAGGCAAACGCGUUUGUGAGAAGCAUUUUGAUAAAACGCAAUUUGAUCGAUGUGGCGUCAGGAUACGUUAUUCCUGUCCCAGUCUGUUCACGCCGUCAGAGAUCUUGCACGGUGUUCCAUUUAUUAUCAAGGGGGGGAGUGUGGAAAACGAGCAUGACUACUUUCGGGUCAGAAGUAAGGAUGACAAUCAGACUCAACCAGCUCAGGACAUUGAUGCGGGCAAACAAGGUGUGUCUGAUGUUCAUAAGGAUAACAAUACAAAUUCACUACCGUCUACAAGUCAAACUACAGUUCCUAUUAUAAAUCAGAUUAAAGUUUCCACUCAAGAUCAUCAGUCGUCGUCCACGUCAACGCCGCCCCCAGCAUCACCGCCCCCGCCAACCCCGCCCCCAGAAACACCUCACCCCUCAAUGCCACCUCUAACCCGCCAAAUAUCUUUUAUAAAAUUGCCAGUUAAAGACGCCGUCAGUUCGAGUGCUGAGUCUGAAAAUAUGUCUGAAUCAGCAGGUCUAGUCCAAACAGGCAAACUAAAGACAAAAAUGACAAGCAAAACUCUCAAAUAUAUCAAAGAAUCCAUAAAUCUAGCAAAAGAGAGUGCAGGUGACACGAGCAGUCAAAGACUGCAAAGUGCACAGAAUCUCAUCAGAGAUACCAAGCUCAUAAGCGAGUUUGAAAAACUUGGCGACAGAGCCAAAACCUUUCUGUUAAUGCAACUAAGACUUGCUACAAAGAAAAAAAUGGCGAGAAGAUUCUCUGAAAAUGAAAAAUUAUUUGCCCUCACCUUAUGGAAGCAGAGUCCAAAAUCUUAUAAACUGUUGGAAAAUAUGUUUGCCUUACCCAAUAGGAGGACACUUGUCAGGCUCGCCAGCCGUAAACCCAAAGAGUGUGACGUAAAUAAUAAGACCUUCGAUCACCUUAAGGAAGUAACCCAAGAGUGGGAUAUAAAGAAAAGACUCUGUACAUUGGUAUUUGACGAAGUUCCUAUCACCUCACGAUACAGUGUAAGGAAAAGCAAAGGAAUUGUAAAGAUAGCAGAGGAACGAAAGCAGGGACUGACUAAACAUGUUUUGGUCUUCAUGGUACGCGGAAUAUGCUCUACAUGGACACAGAGAAUUAAAUAUUAUUGUUUAUUCAGAGCAAUAUCAACGGCACACUUACAAAAUAUUUUAAAAGGAAUUAUUCCACGCCUUCGUGAUUCAGGACUAAUUCCUCUUGCUGUACUGUGUAAUCACGGACCACCAUUUCGGUUGUUAUUUAAAGCAUUAAAAGAAGAGACUGCACUACUCAGAAGUACUGAAGAUAGAUACGGAGAUAAUACUAUUCACAUAGCUGGAUCUGAUUUGUUUUUCUUUUUUGACCCUCCACGUUUAUUAAAUGGGAUAAGGAACAAUUUUGUUAAAAACGAUAUUAUAUUCCAUAACAAGAGAGCAAGUUGGAGAGACAUUAUGUAUGUUUAUGAUCUAGAUAACAGAUCAGGGCACACAAGAGCAUUACCAGGCUUGAGGGCAGAACAUGUUGAUCCACAAAAAAUAAAUAAAAUGAAGGUGAAGACGGCUCCCCAAGUGUUGAGUGCUGAAACUGCCGCAAUGUUGGAGUUCACGCAUUCUCUCUAUAAGGAUCUCAACUGUUCCUUGGAGACAAUGGAGGCCACAGCAGAAGUAGUCCUGUUCUUCAGUGAUCUCUUCGACAGCGUCAGUGGAGCGCCGGGGGGAUUAAAAGGAAAAUUAAGAAAUGCAGUGAAAAAAAAUUCCCCACAUGCAGAUUUUUGGCGAAAAGCUAUAUCAAAACUUAAAAUCAUGGGGUUUUCAGACACGAGUAGCGAACAUGCACUUCAACAUGGAAUAUCUGUAAUUGUGCGUGUGCCGUCUCUAGAAGGAUGGAUUGAGACAUUGAAGAGCUUCUUGGGAUUAACUCAAUUAUUAUUGUAUACAUUUGGGGUAGAAUCUUUUUACCCUCGAUAUUUAAAUCAAGAUGUCUUGGAAAAAUCUAUUAAUCACAUUAAAUUCAGGAAGCAUACACAUCGCUCUCCUCCCGACCAUAAGCAAGGCGUUCGAGUUGGUCCUGCGACUCCUCGCGCCGCAGACCACGCUCCGCCCGGAACAGCCGGGGGUACUGCACCACCCGGCCUGCACAGUGAACAGGACGCCGCGGUCGCAACACUCCUCGGCUUGGAGAAUGCAUUUCAACAGGUUCAGGAUCCUGGUCUGAAAACUUUACAAGAUCUCCAAGUCGGACACUCCCCGCGGCUGCUCCCCGCUGCUGAUCUUCAGCUUCCUCACAGGUCGGAGCAUCCGGCUGAACAUGAUCUCCGCGGUGGACGCCCGGUGAGAGGGGGAGUGCGGAAGGGUCGCGGCCGCCGCAGAGCACCGCAAUUGCUUCGAAUAGAAUAGGGUCAUCCUACAUAUAGGAAAGAUCUUUCACAAAACAAAACACCUUGAAGAUGGGAACCACUGCUGUUGAUUCCGCUAAAGUGAUUGCUCAGGGCAAUACGGCCGCGUAAUGUUGUUCGGGAACUAAACUUGAACAGUUUUUUAGUUCGAAGAGUACACCGUAAUUGGUUCCCUAAUGAUGUUGAGUUCCAACAUCAGCUACGGGCAGCUCGCAGAACAACCGUGAGCAUGUGAUUACGUU